AUGUCACAAGAAAAGAAGCUUCCAUACAAGGUUAAAGAUAUUUCCCUCGCUGAAUGGGGUCGUAAGGAAAUCGAAUUGGCCGAAAAUGAAAUGCCAGGUCUUAUGGCUCUCCGUAAAAAGUACGGCCCAGCCCAAAUCUUAAAGGGUGCCCGUGUUGCUGGUUGUCUCCACAUGACCAUCCAAACUGCCGUCUUGAUCGAAACUUUGACUGCUUUGGGUGCUGAAGUCCAAUGGUCUAGCUGCAACAUUUUCUCCACUCAAGAUCACGCUGCUGCCGCCAUCGCUGCCACUGGCGUCCCAGUCUAUGCCUGGAAGGGUUUGACUGAAGCCGAAUACAACUGGUGCAUUGAGCAAACCCUCAUCUUCCAAGACGGUAAGCCAUUGAACAUGAUUUUGGACGACGGAGGUGAUUUGACCAACCUCAUCCACGCUUCAUACCCACAACUCCUCGGUGGUAUCAAGGGUAUCUCUGAAGAAACCACCACUGGUGUCCACAACCUCCACCGUAUGCACAAGGAAGGACGUCUCAAGGUUCCAGCCAUCAACGUCAACGACUCUGUCACCAAGUCCAAGUUUGACAAUCUCUAUGGUUGUCGUGAAUCUCUCAUCGAUGGUAUCAAGCGUGCUACUGAUGUCAUGAUUGCAGGAAAAAUCUCCGUGGUAGCUGGUUAUGGAGACGUCGGAAAGGGAUGUGCUCAAUCACUCUCCAAGAUGGGUUCCCGUGUCCUCAUCACUGAAAUCGAUCCAAUCAACGCUCUCCAAGCUUGUAUGGACGGUUACCAAAUUGUCACCAUGGAAGAGGCUGCCUCACAAGCCAACAUCUUCGUUACCACCACUGGUUGUCGUGAUAUCAUCACUGCUCGUCACUUCGAAGAGAUGAAGGAAGACGCCAUCGUCUGCAACAUUGGUCAUUUCGAUAUCGAAAUCGACGUUGCUUGGUUGAAUGCCAACGCCACCAAGAUCAACAUCAAGCCACAAGUUGAUCGUUACACCAUGAAGAAUGGUCGUCACAUCCUCCUCCUCGCUGAAGGUCGUCUCGUCAACCUUGGUUGUGCUACUGGUCAUCCAUCUUUCGUCAUGUCCAACUCCUUCUCUAACCAAACCCUCGCCCAAAUUGCCCUCUGGACCGAAACCUCCAAGUACUCUGUUGGUGUCCAUCUCCUCCCAAAGAUCCUCGACGAAGAAGUUGCCCGUCUCCAUCUCGGUAUCCUCGGUGCCAAGCUUACCACCCUCACCUCUGCUCAAGCUGAAUACCUCGAUAUCGCCGUUGCUGGUCCAUUUAAGCCAGAAGGUUACAGAUACUAA